CUGCCAGCGUCCCGUGCCCGCAGGGUCCCUGCUGCCUCGGGACCGUUCCAGGAUUCGCGUGCGCGGGAGCUGCCGGCGGGACGGGCUCGGGUCGCGUUGCCCCGCCGGCGGGGAAUGUUGCGCCUUGUUACGGUCGAGCUCUGUGUCUGUAAUAAACCUGCGGUGCGAGCACGCUCCCAGGCUGCAGCGAUUGGUUCGUGGGGCGAUGGGCGGGGCCAGCGCGGGGGGCGGGGCCAGCGCGGGGUCUGGUCACACACGGGUGGGGGAUGCGGCCGAGGCUCCGCCCACCUGUAGUCACGUGGUGCCGCGGGGGCUGUCGGGAAGGGGCGGCCUUUCCGCUCUCGGCGCGGCGGCGGCAGCACGCGGCACGGCCAUGGCGGAUGGGGACGGCAAUAGAAACUCUGACAGGAGCGCUCUUCCAGCGACCGCCCCUCAUCGCCGCUGUCAAGCGACAGCUGAGAGUCAGAACCAUCUAUGAGAGCAAGCUGGUGGAGUACGAUCCUGAGAGAAGAUUAGGUAUCUUCUGGGUGAGCUGUGAAGCAGGCACGUACAUCCGAACGCUUUGUGUCCACCUUGGUUUGCUGCUCGGUGUCGGGGGCCAAAUGCAGGAGCUCCGGAGAGUGCGAUCAGGCAUCCUGGGAGAGAUGGACAACAUGGUGACCAUGCACGACGUGCUGGAUGCCCAGUGGCAGUAUGACAACAACAAGGACGACAGCUACCUGCGGCGGGUCAUCCUGCCCCUGGAGAAGCUGCUGACCUCCCACAAGCGGCUCGUCAUGAAAGACAGUGCGGUUAAUGCCAUUUGCUAUGGAGCCAAGAUCAUGCUGCCUGGUGUCCUGAGAUACGAAGAUGGUAUUGAGCUUAAUCAGGAGAUUGUAGUCAUCACCACAAAAGGAGAAGCUAUCUGCCUGGCCAUUGCUUUGAUGACCACUGCAGUCAUUUCCACCUGUGACCAUGGCGUGGUAGCGAAGAUCAAGAGAGUAAUCAUGGAGAGAGACACAUAUCCCCGCAAAUGGGGCCUCGGUCCCAAGGCCAGUCAAAAGAAGAUGAUGAUCCAGAAGGGCCUGCUGGACAAACAUGGGAAGCCCAAUGAGUGCACACCAGAUUCCUGGAAGAAGGAGUACGUGGAUUACAGGGAGACGUCCAAGAAAGAGGCAGCUAAAGUUCCCCAGGCUGUGUCAGAGGUGGAGAGGGCUCCAAAAAGGAAGCGAGAGUCAGAGAGUGAAAAUGAGGCAGUGAGCCCCCCAUCACCAGCCACUCCACCACCAGAGGAGCUGAGCAAAAAGGAGAAGAAAAAGAAGAAGAAAGAAAAGAAAGCCAAAGAAGCAGCUGAGAGUGGGGGAGAACAAAUAGAAGUGACCAGUGAAACCAGCACCAAGAAGAAGAAGAAGAAGAAACAGAAGGAAGUGGAAGAGAACUCAGAGUAAGCAAGUGGAUCUGUCCAAAGCAGGCGACCUCAUCGUUAGGGAGGGAGAGGUCUGAGGCCUUGAGAAAGAGGACUGCCCGUGCAGCUGAGGGGCCAGCAAGUUCCAUGUUCCUUUUCUGCCGUGCAUAUGAGUGAGAAGUUUGCCCAGGACGUGCCCUGCUCCAGUACCCCUCCUCAUCCUGUUUUAAGGGUAGCCAGAGGAGAGUGGUGCCUGACUGCCCCUGCACUGCAUUGCUCUGUAAAGCUGGACUCCUUGAUGCCAGUUGAGGUGGUAUCUUCAGGGAAGAUGCAGCUCCUUGCUCUUUGGGGUUUCUGUUUUCACCAUGAGAGGGAGGAAUAACGCUUUCCCCUCUCUCUUCUCCUGCUUCUUCCUUCUCUUCCAAGGUUGAAACUGUUACCCGACAGUAACAGAAUGUGUUUGUGUCUGGAGGGCUGGCCCAGCCAUGGCCCAUCUGAAAGGGUCUGGCACCUCUGGAGGCAGCUGGCUCGGUUAUUUGAGGGGCUCUGGUUCAUUUUAACCUGGCCGUGCACUUGGCCUGACCCUCAGCUAGCUGAGAGCAAGUGCUCAGUCUUUGGUACCUCUUCUCAAUUUCUCAUAAAAGGAUUAGAACACAGAA